AUGGAGACUACUUCUGAAAACAAACCAACACUGAGGGAUUCUCGCCGCCCCCACGCUUCGACUGCUCAUAGCACCGAGUCUUUGAGCGAGCAGAUAGGCCAAAUAGGCGCUUGGGCCAAGAGACCCUCGAACACACAAGACGAACCGUACCUGAUUAAGGACGCUUCGACUGCUAAUAGCACCGAGUCUUUGAGCGAGCAGAUAGACAAAAUAGGCGCUUGGGCCAAGAGACCCUCGAACACACAAGACGAACCGUACCUGAUUAAGGGUUACCUGAACUCACCACAAUAUCAACAGUAUAAAAAAGCGGGCAUCCGCGAACGCAUUGAUUGGACCCCGGAACUUGAGCAUUCUUUACAAGAAGGUUCGCAUGGUUGGCCAUCGUGGAAUGAUGAUAUGCUUACCACAUCUUCUUCCAUAGCUCUUAUAGCAAACCAACCCGCUAUAUUCCCUGAGCCCGGUCGCAUCAAUUUGCUAGCCCGUCAUGUUCAAUCGGGAGGCGAAUCUUUGACGGCAAUAGACAUAUCUGAGCAUUUGAGGGUAUUGGAUACUUAUCUCGGAGGCAACACGGACUGUGAGUCAAUAUGA